AUGGCUCCCAAAGAAGACGCCAGAGCAGCGCGAAAGCUAGGCACCAAACCUCUGCAGUCCAGCUCACCUAAAACGCAAUACCUCAUCCUCUACAAUUUCGUGAACGCUGUGCUCUGGCUUACCGUACUCGGGCGUGUCCUUCUUCUCGUGCCACUCGUUGGAUUUGGAAGAGUGUAUCCGGGCGUGGGAAGAUUUUGCAAAUGGACACAGACGCUGGCAUUAUUGGAGGUGGUUCAUGCUGCCGUCGGUCUCGUCAGAGCUCCUAUUGGUACAACUGCCAUGCAAGUUGCUAGCCGUAUUCUCCUCGUCUGGGGCGUUGUCGAUACAUUCCCGUUCCUGGCCAAAAGCGCUGGGUAUUCCAGCAUGUUGGUUGCGUGGAGCGUCACGGAGGUGGUGCGAUACUCUUACUUUGUCUUCACACUGAGCGGAUACUCCCCAGGCUUCAUCUCAUGGUUGAGAUACAACUUAUUCUACGUUUUGUACCCGAUGGGUAUCAGCAGUGAAUGCUGGCUGAUAUACAAGGCUAUUGAGCCUGCGAAGGAGAUUCGCCAGGAGCUUGCGUGGCUGCUGCAGCUGAUUCUCUUCGUCUAUGUUCCAGGAUCGUAUAUAUUGUUCACACAUAUGAUGGCUCAGAGACGCAAGGUAAUGAAGGGAAAGCAACAGAAGGCGGAAUAA